UUUCACGUCUCACUUCAUUAUUCGCUAAUGCAAGGAAGACGUUGAUCUUGCACUCCUUACUUAAUCAGUCUAAAUUGGGGAAUGCAGUGAUGAUGAAUUUUCUUUACUUUUUAAUACUCUUCUUCGUCACGCUUCCAAACGCAGAUUUCACAACUUGGCCUCUGGAGAGUAAAGGAUGUAAUGAGGAACUUGACAUUGAUAAUUGCUUAAUAAGAUUUUAUUGUUUUAAUGUAAUAUAUUGGAGUGCGGUUUAUAAUAAUUAUAAUUCUGUAGAUGGAUAUUCAAAUUACCAAUCAUUCAGAGAGUUUCGGUCAUUUUGCAACAAUGGAAAUUACUACACAAAAAUAGUUGUUAUGUUCAGAAGUGACAAUGAAAAAGAACUUGAAAGUUCAGUGUAUAGCAGUGACACGACUGAAAGACGUAGCGUCAAUGCUAUUUCUGAGUUGAACAUUAUUAACCAAAAUUAUAAUACAACACCCAACUUACCACAGAUGGAUCGACUACACAACUUGAAUUUAUCGCAUAAUAACAUAACUAAAGCAAAAUUAACGAAUCCUGUCAAUCUUUUUUCACUUACGGAAAUUGAUUAUUCGUAUAAUAAGAUUGUUGAUUUUGACGUGUCCGGAGAGUUUAAGUUUGUGAAUCUUACGUCCCUUAUUGUAUCACAUAAUGAAAUCACUAAAAUCCCUGAUGGGAUAUUUGAUGGAUUUUCCAAACUUAAAAAAUUAGAUAUGUCUUACAAUAUUAUUGAAAAUUUGCAAAUAGAGUCAUUUGAAGGCAUUAAGGCCUUAAUUAACUUAAAUCUGUCUCAUAAUAAUAUUAACGAUGUCGGUAAUUCCUUGUUCCGAUUCAAAAAGUUAAAAUAUUUGGAUUUAAGCUACAAUAAGAUACAGAUAAUAAAAACAGAUGGUUUCAAACAUUUACAAAGUUUGGAAACAUUAGACUUGAAAUUUAAUUCUUUAAUAGCUAUAGAAAAGACAAGUUUAGAAGCAAUGCCUGUUUUACGUUUUUUAAAUUUAAGUAAUAAUUUAUUGGAGUCUAUUGAAAAAGAUUUUUUCUUAAAUAAUAGUUAUUUGACAGAUGUUGAUAUUUCAAGUAAUAAUCUUCAUUCGUUACCGAAAUACUUAUUUAAAGACAAAACAUUGAUGACAUUUUCGAUCGAAAAAAACAAUUUGGAAGGUUCACUAGUAAAAGGUAUAUUCGAUGGGCUAACAUCAGUCACAUAUUUAAAUCUAACCAACCAAUUAUUAACUUCCAUCCAAGAUUUUGCUUUCUUUGGACUACAAAAAUUAAAAUGGCUCAAUUUAAGCAACAACAACAUCAGCAUUUUGUCUAAGAAAAGUUUCAGAACCGUUUUAAAUUUGAUAAACUUAGAUCUGUCAAAUAAUAAAAUUACCACUAUAAAUUUCGAAAAAGAUGAUUUGAUAAAUCUUAAACAUUUAUCAGUUCAAAAUAACUAUUUGAAUUACAUUACGUCUAACGAUUAUGUCAAUCUUGGAGGUCUACAUUUUUUAAAUGUAGCUUUUAAUAAUAUUUCGAAAUUGGAGCCUGAAACAUUUAAAUCGUUACAAGAUUUGAUAUAUUUUGACAUUUCUAACAAUCCUUUAAGUGGUUCAUUAGAAACAGGUACCUUUAAAGGGUUGAAUUCUCUACCAAAACUUGAUUUAUCUGGUAAUCAAUUGAGGGCUGUCGAAAAUAAUUCUCUGAGCGGCAUGUAUCAACUGACUGAAUUUAAUGCAUCCCAUGGGAUCAUUAAUAGGCUUGAUUAUAAUACAUUCAUGAAUACAGGUCUUUUAAAAUUUGUUGAUUUAUCAUUUAAUAGAAUUUCGACAUUUUUGGUCAACUCAACACACCUGUCAAAUAUCACUACACUGAUGUUAAAUAAUAAUAUGUUAAGUGAAGUUUGUGACAGUACCUUUAAGGGGUUGCAUUAUUUAGAAAUUAUAGGUUUAGGCACAAACCAUAUUAUGAGAAUUAGCAUUGAUGCUUUUAAAGAUCAAACUAACUUAAAGUAUUUAGAUUUGUCAUUUAAUAAUAACAUGAAGUUUAAUGUGUCGAAUAUAAAGUUUAACACAAAAUUAAAUACUCUAUAUCUGUCCGGACUUAAAAGCAAAAUAGAUUUUACGGAAGAAAAUUUUUUACCAAUAAAGACCUUAAAUUUAGCGCAAAAUGGUAUAGAAAAUAUAAAAAUACUAAAUUUAAAACCGUUGUUUCAGCUAGAAGAUUUUUCUUUAUCAUUUAAUAAUAUACAGAAAUUACGCGUAGGCGAUUUAUGUGGCAUGAAAUCUUUGUUGUCAUUAGACUUAAGUAAUAACAAUAUCACUUCAAUACAACCUAAUGUUUUUGAAUAUAACACUCUCUUAACAUUCCUUAAUAUUUCUCACAACAUGCUUAGUGAAUUAAACUAUGGAAUUUUUCAACAUUUAAUACAUUUAAAAAAGUUGGAUUUGUCGUAUAAUAAAAUAAAUGAUCUUAGAAGUGAACGUUUUUAUGAACUGCCUAAUUUAUUAAUACUUAUAGUCGACCAUAAUAAAAUUAAUUUAAUUAAUGCAUACGAAUUUGGUACACUGGACGUACUAAGCAUAGGCGAAAAUCUUUUACCAUGUGAUCUUUUGGUUAAUUUAGAUAAGGCUGGUACGCCAUUUAAAUUAACUGCAAUACAUCUCGUGUAUAACAAAGAAAACUUUCAUGGUAUAACAUGUAACAAUCGUUUAAACUCAGAAACUAUCAGUUCAAAAAACCGUUCAGAUUUAACUAAAAUCUCCGAAAACAAUCAAGUAUUUUUUGAAAUUAGAGAUGAAUUAGUAAAAAUUGCAAGUGGACAAAAAUCGCAAAUAGAAAAAGACCACGUUAUUGAACAAUACCCAAAGUCAAAUAUAAAUGAGUUAUCACAGACAAUUUUAAAACAAAAUGAGCAACUUGUUGAACUGGCAAACUUUUCAGCAGCAAUGGUGAAAAACACAAAUGAUACGAAUAUUUUAUUACAAAGAAUGUUAAAGAGAAUAAGUGAGUAUCGAACAACAGUAUUCUCUAAGAACAAUGUUAGUUUGGACAAUGUUCUACCUUAUAUCAAUGAAAUAAGGCAAGAGCUGGAGGAUCGUAUAUCUUCAGAAAAAAAGAAUAUAAUGGCAGAAAUAAAUUCUAAAUUAUCAUCAAUAAAAUCAAAUUUCGAUAACAGACAUGUCGAAUUGUCGACUACCGCACCUGCUUUAGAACUGUCGCAAAAAUUUGAUAAUAGUAAGGUACAAUCAGAAUCAGUAUUUACUGAAACAUGUGUUGGUAUUAUAUUAGUUAUACUUGUUGGAUAUAUUUUGUAUAAAGUUUAUAAAUCCAAAAUAUAUAUUAGGCCUCGUAGAUCAUCGAGUAUUAGAGAACUCGAAAGCCCGAAUUUGUAACUAAACGUAUUUCAUUCACUACCAUUUAAUUAUUGUAAUUCGUGUAAUUAUCAUGCGACUUUAUUUCUAAGCGAUAAAGAUAAAUAUAUGUCCAUUUCUCUAUGUAAGUAUAUUAUCCCCAAUUAAAGGACAUGUAAUAGCAAAAACAUUAAAGUAGCAGAAAUAAAGAUUAUUUUUAUUGUU